AGUAAGUACCCAUCAAAAGCAUCGGAUUCCAGCCCUUUUCUGUAAAUUUACAGAGAAUUUAAAUCUUUAUUUUAUUUUAUUUUUACAUUAAUAAAGUUGGUGUAUAAAUUAUAGCACCACUGAGCUAUUGGAUCUUCCUCAGUGGAGCUUUUGUUCACCAACCCAAAGAUACACUCUUUAAUACAUAGAUUUUCUCUCUCUCUCUCUCUCUCACCCUCUUUUUUAACAUUUGGAGAAUAUACACAAGAAUCUGUCCAAGAAAUUUUUUAUCUUUUUCUUAAACAAGAAAAUUUAAAUUGAAAGUAAAAGAAGGAUUGUUGAGAAGAAAGAUGUUUGCAGCUGAGAAUGGUUUAAAGGGUGACCCAAGAUUGAAGGCCAUUUCUGAUGCCAUUACUGUUGUACCCAACUUCCCCAAACCAGGGAUUAUGUUUCAAGACAUUACAACGCUUGUCUCAAAUCACAAGGUCUUCAAGCACACUGUCGAAAUCUUUGUUGAUAGAUAUCGAGACAUGGAUAUCUCUGUUGUUGCUGGAGUUGAAGCAAGAGGGUUUAUGUUUGCACCUUCGAUUGCAUUGGGAAUUGGUGCAAAAUUCAUUCCUCUACGUAAACCAGGAAAGCUUCCAGGGCAAGUUAUUGCUGAAGCUUAUGAGCUUGAAUAUGGUAAAGAUUGUCUGGAAAUGCAUGUUGGUGCUGUUGAAAUAGGCGAACGUGCAUUAGUCAUUGAUGAUCUAGUGGCUACCGGAGGGACACUUUCUGCAGCCAUAAGGCUUCUAGAACGCAACGGUGCUGAAGUUGUAGAGUGUGCAUGCGUUAUUGGGUUACCAGAGCUUAAGGAACGGCGAUUGCUGAAUGGCAAGCCACUAUACGUCUUGGUGGAACCCCGUGAAUAGAAAUCCGAUUAAUUCUUGGUACUUCUUCUCAUCUUUGCCAGCAACCUCGUUACUCCUUCAUGUUAAAACGUUGUUCAUUUCCUCCAACCGCACGAGCAAAAUGUAGUCCAGAUUAUGAUGCUUUUUGAAACAAAAUGGUGCUGCAUAAUGAUCAUUACUAUUAAUAUUCAUACAGAAGAGAGCUGGUGGAGGGGACGGACUUGUAACAAGAAACGUUGUUCUAAGCAGACGCGCCGAGGUGUGUGAGUCGGGGAAUAAAGGCCACCGCGGUUGCUCUACACGGCAUCGUGAAGCCUGCUUUUCCAGUCGGGUUAGCUAUCAGCAAUCUCAACAGCUCCUUUGUGGAAGUUUCUUUUGCUUUGUAUUUAAAUUCUCAUUGUAACCAUUGUAUCUAUGAGUUUGGUGAAUAAAAUGAUGCAUCACCACUUCUCUUCUAUGUGUUGAAAAUCAUCCAAAAUCCUCUUUGGAUGUAUAUUAUCAGAAUCCAGCUCUGUUGGCUGCUUGACUUGCAA